AGAGAAGCACAGCAACAACAACAACAAUAAUAGAAAUAUUGAUUAACUACUUUAAUCAACAUUAUGUUUAAUUCUUUUGGUGCCAUUUCUAAAAAGGCAAGAGUUUAUAUAAGCUGUAAUUGAUGGAUUGAUGAGUUGGUUAAUGUACCACUCUUUACAAAUCGGUUAUAAGCCAUUAAGGAAAACUUUUGGGUUGCCAGGAUGCAAAUUGAACAGUUGUUGCAGUGAUUAUUGGCUUCAGCGUGGUAACUAUGACAACGUUUCAUGCAAAUGACCGAGCCUACCGGGGAUGGCAGAAAUGAGGAACCGAAAUGAGAAGCAAAUCAACAGGGGAACAAAAUCAUGUAAGACUGGGAGACCGGUGGGGUAUAAAAUGCGUCAAACAUCUCUUUUUAUAGAACAGGCACUCUCUCCUCUUUCCCUACCGCUGAGAUCCAUCUAACUAAAGCUCUGCGCUCGUAGGUUUUCUCAGGAGUAAGUAAGUGGUGGCACAUGUGAAGAUGGAAGAGUGGAAAAUGAGCAUCGGUACUCUGAACGACGAGGUCCUCAACAGGCUGGCAAAGUUGUUGGACAACUCCACCUGCGGAUGGAGACAGCUGGCCAAUGCGGUGUCUGAGCAACCCAAAUUCCGCUGCAGUGAAAGUGAGCUGACCAGCUGCUCACUCCAGGUGCUGAGUGCUGCUGGCAGCCCAGGACGGACCCUCUUGGCUCGGCUGGCCGAUCGUUCUUGCUCCCUGGACUUCCUGCUCUACUGCCUGAGGAAGAUGGACCACCAGGAAGCCAUGCAGCUCCUCACAACAGCUGUGGCAGAGCUGAUCCGGAUCACAGUGCAGCCUCAGUCCCAGAAGUCCAUAAUGGGGGGCAGGGUGGUAUUGAGCUGCAGAGCCUCUGGCCCCCCUGGACUCAGCUACCAGUGGUUCAGAGGCAAAGAUGAGAUUUUGGAUGAGACUGGAAGUACACCAGAGCUGGUUCUGUGUCCUUUGACCCCGAUGCACCAGGGUCAUUAUAUCUGUAGGGUCAACCAUGGAGAAAACUGCAUCUUCUCCCAGUGGGCUCAUGUUGUCUUGGUUCACUCAGCAGGCUCUAGUCCAGGCUGCAGCAGCAGCCUCUUUCCAGGGUCAGUGAGUGGGCUGCAUAUCAUCUAUCACCCUCAGUCCCGAUCAGUGUCUGAGGGCGACACACUGAUCCUGGAGUGCAAUGCAGAGGCCAACCCUCCAGCCCAGUACGCGUGGUACCACAACAUGGUUCCCAUGCCACAACAUAGGACACGUUCACUCAAAAUCCCAUGUGUGACCACAGCAGACAGAGGACAGUACAAAUGUAAGAUAUUUAAUUUGUAUCACGAGGCGUGGAGUGACCCAGCAACAAUCACCAUUGGCCCCAGUUCCAUCACUGAUGCCUCCUGGGUAGAAGUUGAUCGUGGUUUAGACUCACAGGAAUUCCGCAGGUCAACCUUUGGACCAGGAAUACAUCCGCUACAAGAGAUAGCCAAUCCACCGCCAUUAGCCAAGCAAUUCUAUGCAACAGACAAAGUUGCUCUCCUGAUUGGCAACUUGAACUACCUCUACCACACUCAGCUGUGCGCUCCCAUGGCUGAUGUGCAUGAGUUGACCAACCUCCUCAGACAAAUGGACUUCAAGGUGGUUUCCCUGCUUGACCUCAACUGGCAGGAAAUGCACAGUGCUGUUACAGAGUUUCUGUUGCUGCUUGACAAGGGAGUCUACGGCUUGCUAUACUUUGCUGGUCAUGGUUAUGAGAACUAUGGCAACAGUUUCAUGGUUCCCAUCGAUGCACCAGCCUCCUACACAUCAGAGCACUGUUUGUGUGUACAGAAUAUACUUACCAGGAUGCAGGAGAAAGAGACUGGACUCAACGUGUUCCUGCUUGACAUGUGCCGCAAAAGGAACUUAAACGAUGACAUCAUUGUCCAACCGGGGCUGCUGAAGGUGACAGCAAAUAUAGUGUUUGGAUACGCCACAUGCGUUGACGCAGAAGCUUAUGAAGUGAAGAGGGAGGACGUAUCCAACGGCAUCUUCAUAAGCUUUCUCAAACGGCGAGUUUGUGACGAUGAGAAGGUCACAGUCAUGCUAGACAGAGUGGCUGAAGACAUGGGACGUUGUCAGAUCACUCGAGGGAGGCAGGCUCUGGAGCUACGCAGUAAUCUAUCUGAACGACGUUCCCUCACUGACCAGAUUCAGACCUCUGACUGUUCUGCAGCCUAUUCAGCUCGCAACCUGCAGUGGGCUGUUGCUCAUGUCCUGCCUAAGAGCCAUUACCUGCAGUUUGACUGUGGAGUGAAGGUUCAGCUCGGGUUUGCUGCAGAGUUCUCCAACAUCAUGGUCAUCUACACUCGCAUACUUGACAAGCCUGAUGACAUUGUUUCCUGCUCUGCUCAGCUUACUGAUUUCCCUGUGGAUGUGGAUAUUGACCUGAAGAAGAGUAAUCAGGAGACUCUGCUUGAAGCAGGCAGUUUAUUAUUGAUCAAGGAAAAUCUUCCUUCACCGGAGGUCCCGAGUCUCUACACACGGAUCCGAGGCCUGCAGAGACUCAGGAGGGAGCUCACAUUCACCGUCUGUCUUCAUUACACUUAUUCCAACAUGGAUGAGGAAGUAGUGGAAAGACAACCAGUUACAGUUGGAAAACCACUAGUCUCCAAACUCAACCUCCACGAACCACGACCGCCUCGCGCCUGCCCCACCGUUUCAUCCUUCAGCCUCGACUCCUUCAGUGUUCCUGAGUGCUCCUCCUUUGCUGAGGCCUUUACCUCCGUUGGUUCAGCCUAAAAGAUAUGGUCAUGUUAUGCACAAACAGGCAGGAAUCUGCCAGUGCUGAUGAAUGUAGUGACAAAUACAAUUUCCAUUUCCUACUAAGUAUGAAGAAACCUAUGAUUUGACCACACUUUGGUGAUGAAACAGUACAAAUGAUAGUGAAAAGAUGGGAAAGAAAGCUUGUGAAUUUGUCAUUUCAGUACAUUUGACACAGGACUCAGGUUUGUGGUCAAUUUAACUGUUGUCCUUGUCUUACAGGUAUCUAUGCAUUAAGUUUUUGUAAUGUUUUAUAAACAUUUUUACAAUAAUGUAAUGCAUUAUAAUGCAAUGCAAAAUAUAAUACAAUGCAGAUCAAGUCUGAUAUGUGAGUUGUUUGCAAGAGGGAAGAAAUAAAACAAUCUUUGAAGAUUAA